AUGCAACUAGGACACGCGACCCUAAAACGGCGCUUAUAUCUUUCCAGCUACUAUAUAGCCCCUUGUCAGGCUCUAUCUAGCACAUACGACCAUAGGGUGUGGAGAACAGGGCUUCCCGUCCGCUCAGCCGUACUUAAGCCACACGCCGGCAGGUUAGUAGUAUGGUGGGUGACCACAUGCGAAUCCCUGCUGUUGUAUGUUUUUGUUCACCCCUUACUUUUUAGUAAACCUGCUGUGCUUUUUGUCACCACACAUACCCCUGCUAUAUUGCCUUGCUCCGAACUAUUGGUGACAGGCGGACUAGAUACACUGUUGCCAUUACUAUUGUCUGCCUAG